UUAUGAAUAUAACCUUAUCAUUUCUCAGAUUAUUUUAAAUAAUUCAAAGGCUUUACAGAAAGACCGAAUGUACGAUUUUUUCAAGUAUGCUGUGGGUGAAGGUUUGUUUACUGCACCAGUUGACAAAUGGAAGAGACAUCGUCGCAUGAUCACUCCCGCUUUUAAUGCCAAGCUUUUCGAACAGUUUUUCCCAGUGUUUAACGAAAAAAACAAAAUUCUUAUCAAGAAUGUUACGAAGGAAUUAAAUAAAACACAAAUGUUCGAUCUCUGGCACUAUGUUGCACCAGCUGCUCUUGAUACUAUUUGUCAAACCACUAUGGGGUACAAUCUAGACACUCAAUCAAACAAUAAAGAAUGUGAAUUCGGCGAAGCAAUUGUAAUGGCAUCGGAGGUAGCAGCGAUGCGAAUUUACAAACCCUGGUUAUAUCCAGAAAUGGUGUUUUCAAUGUAUUUAAAACUCACUGGACACCAAAGGGUUUUCGAAACAGUGAAAAAAUUUCCAUUACA